AACACUCUGGCAAUUUAUAACCAGAAGUGACGUUGGCAUAAACGAUAUCGCCGGAACUGCUAAACGUACACAACAAACAUGGCGGCUCCCGGCGAAGCAAAUGUGAAGAAUUCACACGUGGAGAAAAAGAAGAAGCCACCAGCUCGUUACUGGCAGGAGCCACAGGGGGAGGGAAAAGAUGAAAACAAAGUGGGAAAAGAUGAAGAACAGACUGAAAAGACUCUGCAACAGACGGGGGGAAAGACACAGAAAGCAAAGAAACGAAAGCAAGAAGAGCAUGAAAGAGAUGAAAAGAAAUUCAUAUCAGGGAAAUCUGACCCUUUUCCUGGACCUGCUCCAAUUCCAAAAGACAGACUGGAGAAGUUCAAGAGGAAAACUAAAACUAAAAAGCCCCCCCGCCAGCAUUACAAACUGAGAGACCUGAUCACUCGCUCAGAUGAAUCUUCAGAGAUAGCCCAGAAACAAGCCGCCCAGUUUGACCUCCUCCUCCCAGAGGAAGCAGGGUUUCUAGAGGGUGACGAAGAUGAGGACACAUGUACGAUCUCUCAGGAAGAUAUUGCAGAAGCUGUGGACAUAACAUCUGGUGCAAAGUAUUUUAAUCUGAAACUGUCUCAGUUUGGACCAUACCGAGUGGAUUACACCAAGACUGGACGUCACUUGGUGCUUGGUGGGAGGAGGGGCCAUGUUGCUUGUAUAGACUGGCAGUCCAAACAGUUAAUGUGUGAAAUAAACGUGAUGGAGACUGUGAAUGAUGUGAAGUGGCUCCAUAGUGAAGCCAUGUAUGCAGUGGCUCAGAAGAAGUGGCUGUAUAUCUAUGACUCUAAUGGAAUAGAGCUUCACUGCAUCCGCAAAUUCAACGACGUCCUUCGUAUGCAGUUCCUACCCUACCACUUUUUGCUAGCCACGGCGAGUGCUACAGGUUUCCUGCAGUACCUGGAUGUGUCUGUGGGAAAGGAGGUGGCAGCCAUCUGUACCAAGACUGGCCGACUCGACGUGAUGUGCCAGAAUCCUCAUAAUGCCAUCAUACACCUAGGCCACCACAACGGCACGGUCACGCUUUGGUCGCCCAACCAGAAAGAAGCCCUCAUCAAGAUGCUCUGUCACCAGGGCAGCGUGCGCUCUGUCACUGUAGACAAGACGGGCACAUACAUGGUGACAUCUGGCAUGGAUAAAAAGCUGAAGGUAUAUGACAUUAGAGCCUUCAAGCCUCUCAAGUCCUACUUCAUCCCUGCUGGAGCUUCAUGUUUGUCACUGAGUCAGAGGGGGCUUCUGUCUGCAGCCACAGGGGAUAUUGUUCAGGUCUACAGGGACGUGUGGACCACUCCAGUGACUAAACCAUACAUGGCUCACAGAGUUCGAGGAACAGUUUGGGGGCUGAACUUCUGUCCCUUUGAGGAUGUCCUCGGGGUGGGGCACGGAGAUGGUUUCACCAGCAUGCUUGUACCAGGUGCGGGAGAGCCUAAUUUUGAUGGUCUAGAUGCAAAUCCAUACCGCAGUGCAAAGCAGAGGCAGGAGUGGGAGGUUAAAGCCCUGCUGGAGAAGAUCCAGCCAGAACUCAUCAGCCUUGACCCCACUGAGCUGGGACAGGUUGACCAUGCCACAUUUGAGCAAAGGCACAAAGACAGGGUCCAAGCUCUGGGUUAUGACCCACUAGCCAGGGAAAAAUUUGUUCCCAAGUAUAAGAAAAAAGGUCGUAGUUCUGCUGGCAGUGUUGAAAAGCGCAAGAAGCAAGUGGCUCAUGAGGACCAGAGAGAUGCAAUCAGAAAAACUGUUGAGGACAAAAUGAAAAUGGAAAAAGAGAGAAAGGAGAGGGAGAAGAAGGCGGCAGUGUUAGCCAGCCAGAGAUCUGCUCUGGACAGAUUCAAAAAAUAGAAAAGGAGGACCCUUUGUGCAACCCAAAACCCAGUGACAUUCUGUGGGAGUGACCUUUGAACUUCGUAUAUUUGGACGCAUUUUUUGGGCACAGUACUCCGCUGUGGAAGCAUAACGGAAACUGCAGGAAUUCUCGAUAUAGCUGGCUCAGUUGAGACUUUCUGUUCCUUUGAAACACAUUAAAGCCAAACUGUGGUCAGUGCUGAGUGCAUAGAUAGAGUGGUUUGAGGUAGUGACUGUAGCACAGGCAUGUCCUCGCAGUUUGUGUUUAGCUGUAUUUUUUGGUCUACUGCCGGGAAAAAAAAAUGUUUCUCUCAUUUUUUUUGACCUCGCUGAAUGGAGAUGUUUGGUGGCUGAACUGACUGUAUAUCAAAUGUUUUAUAUAAAUAUGUUUUAAAAAUAAACAACACAUCGUCAUGC